ACUGCCAAUAAAAAGGAAGUGAGAGAUCAGAAAAAUUCUUCCUAUACAAUGGAAACUUUGAUGAAGCAAAUAAGAGUGAAAUUAACUGGUGCAGAGGAAGAGAAUAAAGCUGAUCUUGGUGGCAGCAGGGAUCAGAAACUUACAACACAGAAAACUCCAUCCUUCAAAGAUAAGAAAAAGGUUCAGAGUUGGUUCCAGAGACAAUUUUCAAGAAACAUGAGUCAUGAUUAUGACACAGAGAUGGAGCAUGCCACAGCGGUAGCUGCUGCUGCAUAUGCAAUUUUUUCUCAAGAGGUUUCACUAAUUCCACAGCAAAAGAAAAUGAGGGAGACACCUUUGAGCAGAGGCAAAAGCAAGGUGGAUGAUAGAAAGCCUCCAUUUUCUCAGUUUGGUAGCACAUCCAGACAGUUCUCAGUGGAUAUAAAGAGGCCUGAAAAAGGCAUGACCCCUCCCUCAUCAAUGAGAAGAAGUUCAACUUUUGGUGAAAAGUUAAAGAGUAAUUCUGAUGGUAAAAAACCUGAGAUCCAACCCCCCAAAAGGACCCCAACUUUUGAUGACGACAACUUGGUGAACACAGGUGAAACAAAACCUGAGGCCCCACAUAUAAAAGGUCCUCCACUGGUUCAUCAGCCAGAGCCUCUAAAGGUGGAGCCUUUAAAGGUGGAACCUUUAAGGCCGCCGCCGCCUCCACCACCACUGAUCGAGCAGAAUUCGGCAAGACCACGUGCCAAUGAAACAAAAGCAGAUGCUUGGGAGAGAGAGGAGCUGGAAAAGAUCAAAGAAAGGUACGAGAAGUUGUUGGAAACAAUAGAGUCAUGGGAAAAGAGGAAGAAGGCGAAAGCAAUACGCAAGUUAAAUAAGCUUCAGCAUGGUGACAGUGAAAGAAAAAGGGCAAAAGCAUUGAAGAAAUAUGAAGAGAAGAUGAACUACAUAAAUCAAAUUGCCGGGGGAGCCAGAGCUCAAGCAGCGGAAAGGCGAAGGAAUGAAGUGCUCAAAGCAAAAGAGAAGGCAAACAUAAUUAGAACAACAGGCAAGAUUCCAGGGCCAUGUUCCUGCUUCUAACAAAACCAAUUAUAUUUGUGUGUAUAUAUUACAUAACAUCACUGAGUUUGGGUUUAACAGAAAGGAUUAUGUAAUUAUUUGUUAUAGAUUUCUGUGAUUUCUAACUGUACAACUCUUCUGUAGUGGGAUAAUUUUCCGUACUACAUAAAAAGGGAAAAGAUUUUAUGUAAAACAGAACACACAUGGGCUAAUUU